AGCGGGUGCAAAACAAGACAUCUGUCUACUUUGUCUGUCUGUCAAACUUAUAAUAAUUAAUAAAUAUUAAGUGCAAUAAAAAUGAUGAUGUUCUUUUUAUCCUCCUAGUAGAUUAUACUAGUUCUAUAUAUCUAUAUAUGAAGAUUACUGAUGCUAAAUUGGGGGGAGGGGAAGGCGACUUUCUGAAUAUUAGAAUAUUUUUGGAUACGUUGUAAGUUAUUUUGAAGAAAUAUAUGAAGUAGUGUUUCAUUCCUGCAGUAACUGGGUUAUGCGCAGAUUGAGGUAAUCCAAACUUUCUACAUUGCAUACUGUGCACAGAAAUCAAGAUCCGAUGCGUCAGCAGCGAUGUUAUAUUAGAUUUACACUAGUCGAGAGCACCAACUGGUCAUUCCUUUUAAAAUUUCAAUAACUUAGACGGGUCAACUAUGAAACUCUGUUUAUGCUUGAUAUUCAUCUUCUGUUUUUUCAUAGGUAACCUAGCUUUGACUGCAUGCAUGGCACGUGUGGGAUUUUUAAUACUUAGCCAAGAAAACAGUUAUCAUAAGAAAUUGGCUUUACUGAAAGAGAAAGAUAUAUAUUCUCAAGUGAAGAAUUUAAAUUUGGUUAAUGCUACUGUGUAUAAAACUCACAAGGACCUUGACAUAACUGUAGGACAUUGGGUUAUUUAUUCUCUGUUUGAAAAGAUUUCAAAAUUACCUGAAUUUUCUUGGAUAUUUUUCUUAGAAGAUACUACAGCUAUAGAUAUUGAAAAGCUAAUCAAGGUUUUUGCAAAAUAUAAUUCAUCAGAGGAUGUCUUUGUUGGCUAUGCACUGAGAGAUGCAGAGCCUACUAUAAUACACCACUUUGCAUCUGCUGACAAAGAAACUUCCAUUUUGUAUCCACACACUGCUGCUGGGUUCUUCUUGAGUUUUAGUUUAAUUAAAAGGUUAGCUUCGAGAUUGCCUAUCAAGAAAGAAAACAUGUUUUCUAUUGAUCCAAAGUAUGAGCUAGCAGUCGUAAUUUCGAAUGAAGUUGCUGUGAAAUUGAUUCACGAACCCCAGCUUUGUACCAUCAGAAAGGAGUCUUGUGCAACAUGGAUUCAGUGGGAAUUCCCAAACUGUGGUCAGGAAGUUUCUUCAGAAAAAGUGCAUGUGGCUGUAAAGACAUGUCACAAAUUUCAUGCAGACAGAGUGAAAAUUAUGAAAAGUACUUGGGCACCUGAUGUUGAUCAUCUCAACAUAUUCAGUGAUGUGAAUGAUGAUUCUAUUCCCACAAUACAGUUGAAUGUUAAAAAUGUCCCAAAUGGCCACUGCGAGAAAACAUUAGCUAUCAUGAGAUUUUACAUAGUGAACAGGGUGCCUUUUAAAUGGUUGGUCAUUGUCGAUGAUGAUACGCUACUGAACUUUCAUAGGCUGAAGAAGUUAUUAACUUGCUACCACCCUUCUGAAAAGGUGGCUCUGGGUGAAAGAUAUGGUUAUAGUGUAACAAAUGGUUUAGGUUAUGAUUACCUCACUGGAGGUGCAGGAAUGGUUUUCUCAGCACCCACUGUUAAAAAAUUGAUUGAAACUUGUCAGUGUCCAUCCAUUGAUUCUCCAGAUGAUAUGAUUAUAGGCAUAUGCUUAAAAAAAUUAAAUAUUCCUGUCAUUCAUUCUUCACAUUUUCAUCAAGGUCGUCCCAUUGAUUAUUCUGUGGAUUUUCUCCAACCUCAGAAGCAUGUAUCAUUUCAUAAGCAUUGGAUGGUAAAUCCAUACGAUAUUUAUAAUGACUGGCUUCAAGAAAGGUUGAAUAAAGAGCAGCAUAUGGAAUUGUAAAUGUGACUAGCCUUUUGUCUUAAAACAAUUAUUUCUCAUAUUCGUUUUAAAACAAGAAAAAUAAACUGCAUUAUUAUUAACAAACUAUAGAAUUUUAUAGUUUGAUAAUUUUUAUUUUUUUCCAUUCCAUGAGAUAUAAAUUAUCAAAAUGAGUUCUUUUUAUACAAGUCUGAAUAUCUAUAGAGUGUGUGAUGGUUAAAAGUCUCUUAGAACACUGGAUUGAGAUUGGGAGCAUUUUAAGAUUGAACUUUAUUUUUAAAUUUAAGCUUAUGUUUCUGCUACAUUUUUAAUAUUUUAUUUAUUAUAUAUAAAGCAUUAAAUUUUCAGUUUAUAGUUAUUUAUUUUCUCUUUAGCAUAUAUCUUAUCCAGGGCAAGCAGUAAACAAUUUAGCUGCCCAGUGCAAUCUCUACACAUCCUAUUGUUCUUCUUCCUAAUAUUUCCUCUAAAUUCUAAAAAUUUGAUCAUUUCUAAAUUUUGCUGGUUGUACUUUUCUAAGUUCUAAAAAUUUUGCCACCUCUAAAUUCUGCUGCUUGGUAUGAACACAUCAGCAUUGAAACCGGCCCUGAACAUAGUUGCCUACUCUCCUGGUAGGUUACAGAGUUUCCCAGCUUUUAAUUUAUUUUGACUUUAUAUCAAGGAAACAUUUUACAAUAAUAAUUGAAGUUUAAUGAAACUUAAAUUGUGUAACUUUCAUUUCUCACAUCUGAUUUUCAACUUUUUUUAAAAAAAAUAUUAAGCUUUUCAUGAUGCCAUUUAAAUUAUAAAUUAUUAAAGUAUUCACUAAACAAUACACAAAAUGUUCACCUCAAUGCUGGCCAGACUCUAAGAGGAAUAAAUAAAACCUCUGAAACAAUAGUACAUGCAUCUCCAUAUUGCUAAAAAUAAAAGUUUUCAGAAGCAUUAACAGCAUCCAUGCGGUUAUGUCUGCUGAUACAGUUAAUAGCCUCUCUGUUUAUUUACAUUACUAAACCCAUGAUUUCUGCUUUGAUACUGAAACAAAAUAAAAAUAAAAAAUACUGCAAUAGAAUGAAGGUCAACAUUCUCCAGUCUCAAUAAAUUCUACCAUACCAGAUAUAGGGCUAAAUCUAGUGCCUCCCCCAAAAGCUAUUAAUUAAAUGUUUCAUCUAAACAUUCAUAUCUGGUGCACCUAUCCUAAGAGUCCAUUUAAUGGUCAUUCAUAUAUGACACUGGGCUCUGUAAUAUAAUUGGUGGUCAACGUAUAUAUGACACACCCACACCAAAAGAACAGUAUUGACUUCUGUGGAACUUUUUAUGGAGAUUCAAAUAAUUUUUAAUCGGUUAAUAAUAUUUUCAUCAUGUUUAAAAGUACGUGAUUUAAAAAAAAAAGGCUUUUCUUCCCUAUUUAGGAUUUUUUUCUGUUUAAAAGUGUAAGAAAAUUACAAAAUUAAAAAUUAAAUCAUCAAAGAGUAUGAAAUUUAGAACAGCUGAUUAAUUAUUAAUAUUUUUAUGUAAUUAAAUAUUUAUUUAGUAUUUCCUAUGUAUUGUAAGUAGUUUAUUAAUCCGAGUCAUAAAGCUAAGUAAAUUAUGAGUUCUUUUAACCCUCUGAGCCGCACGAGUUUUUGGAUAUAUCAUGAAGACCUGUAUUUAUGCAGAAUUUAUUAACUAAAUGUAUAUAAUUAUUUAUUUUAGCCUCUAUUUUCAUAAACUUACAUUCAUUAAGAUUACAUUUACAUUAUUAAAGAAAGUAAGAAAGCAAAUUAUCUUAAGUUAUAAGCUAAUAUGUAUCAAGUUUAUCUCAUGACUGGAUAAAGCUGGUCAUGCUACUCAGGGGUUAAAAGAGUGUCACCUCGCACUACAAGAACCUUCCAGUGUUUCAUGGUUGUCAACUUACAUUUUCAGACUGUGCUGUAACUUGACUAAAUGUCAGCUUAUGUAUAUAAUCUUAUAUAUAAUUUAUACUGUGACCUAAAAAAAGUAUUGGAUUAUAAAUUCUUAAUAUCAUUGUAUAAUGUUUGGCUAAUGAAUGAAUCAUCUGUAAAUUUCAUUAGAAAUCUGUAUAUGUGUGUAAUGUAUUAAUCAAAUGUGUGCCAAUUGAAAAAAGCAUUUCUUAAUCUCACAUUGCAUAAAGAAACUGUUAAUUUUUUUUUAAUUGUGUCAUAUGUAUUCUAUACCAAUUUGAGAAUAAAUGUUUUUAAAAUGUUA